GAGUAGCUGGCGCGAUCUUAAUUCAUGCUGCAGUUGGACGCAAUUCACAAAAUUGAAUAGCAUGGAAUAUACAACCCGCAGCAUUCAUAAAGCAUUAGAAAACAUUUUAGAUAAUUGUCGAGCGCGGUAAUAAAGACAGCUAUAAAGAAAUUUUACUUGCAAAAUUGUUCCAAAAAACAAUUAAACAAGAAACUCAGCAGAAUGUUUGUCGAAAUAUUCGGGUCGGGCAUAUUUGAGAAGGAUUUUCGUCGUCAACUGUUGGCUACACUGAGUGCUAUAGUAAUUACAUUUUGCCACGGCAUCGGCUUGGGCUGGCUGUCUCCUAUGCUGCCCAAGCUGCAAUCAGCUUCAGAGACCCCGCUGGACUUUGUCAUCGAUGUGAAUGAGGCGUCUUGGGUAGGGUCUAUGAUCAGCUUUGGUGGAUUUUCGGGUAAUUUCCUAUUUUCGUUCGUCAUGAAUCGCUUCGGACGCAAAGCGGCGCUCUAUGGCCUUGCCGUGCCCCACACGUGUAUUUGGUUACUAUUAUAUUUCGCUGACUCCGUUGAGUGGUUGUACGUUGCCAGAAUGUGUGCCGGCUUAACAGGGGGCGGCAUGUUUAUAGUGCUGCCCCUCUUCAUUGGCGAAAUCGCGGACAAGAGUAUACGCGGCAGGCUGUGCUCCUUCUUUACCCUGGCCAUCAAUAUUGGAAUAAUGGUGGGCUUCAUCAUAGCCUCCCAUGUGCCCUACCACGUGAUUCCAUUCGUAGUCAUAUCCCUACCUCUAUGCUAUCUCCUGCUGACAACACGAUUUCCUGAAACCCCACAGCAGCUGCUGCACUGGGGCCGAGAGGAGGAUGCGAAACGUUCACUAAAGUAUUAUUGUAACUGCGAUGGUCCGGCGCCUAGCAAGGAGUCGGAGCGUGCUUAUCAGAAACAGUUUGAUGAAAUGCGUGACGGCUUACUGCAACAGGUCAAAGAGGAUGGCAACGAGGGCCUAACCAUGGCGGACUUCUGCAACAAGCGCGCCAUUAAAGCUAUUAUGACGGGACUUGUGCUGAUGAUAGGCAACGCAUUCACUGGCACUUUUGCCUUCAUCAAUUACAUGUCAAACAUCUUCGAGAGGGUUCACACCCAGCUGGAGCCUAAUACAAACACGAUUAUCAUUGGAGCAGUGCAGAUUGUGGGCACGCUGGCUUCCAUCUACUUGGUGGAUCGACAUGGCCGUAAAAUACUUCUUAUUAUUUCUUGUGCCGGCACUGCAUUAGGCACCGGCGCCUUUGGUCUGUAUGCGUUUUUUGGUGACGAAACUGAGGCGGAUCUAAGCGCCUAUUCGGCCUGGCUGCCCGUCACAUUAAUGGCCUUUAAUAUCUUUGUGGCUAAUGUGGGAAUUAUCUCGGUUACAAUGGUAGUUCUAGUUGAAAUCCUUCCUCAGAAAAUACGGGCAGCGGCCACCAGUGCUUGCUUGGGCUGUCUCAGUGGCUUUGCGUUCACCUCUUUGAAAGCUUUUCCACUAAUGAUGGAGUAUUGGGGAUUGGAUGUCACAAUGUGGGGCUGUGCAGCGGUCAGCGCAUUGUGUUUGAUUUAUAUUGUUAUAUUUGUGGAAGAGACUAAGGGUAAAUCCAUUUACGAUUAAGCAUUUCUGAUUAUA